UCCACGCCGGACACGAUGCUGCGGCCUGGUCCUCGCGGCCGCCGCCCCCUCUUGCUGGUGCUGCUGCUGCCACUCCUCGCAGCCGCCGCCACCGCCGCCUCUGCCGCCAGCCCCGGCUCCAGCCAGGCCGUCGAGGUGAUGACCCCGGGCCGCCGGGCCGGCAUUGCUGCUUGUCGCUGCUGCCCAGGCCAAUCGCCCAGGAGGAGCCGCUGCUUCAGAGCCUCCUGCAGGGUCCGGAGCUGCCUGCCAGGAAAGUGUGCAGGCCCUCAGCGGUGCCUGACUCCAGUGCCCCGGGCGCUGCCGAGCCCCGGCCCCAGUGCGAGGAAGAGACAGGUGUCCCUGAAUUGGCAGCCACUGACGCUGCAGGAGGCCCGAGCUCUGCUAAGGCGACGUCGGCCCCGCGGGCCGGGGGGCCGGGCCCUGCUGAGAAGGAGGCCCCCACAGCGCGCCCCUGCCGGCCAGGCUCGGGUCCUGUGUCCUUUGAUCUGUCACAACGGCGGUGUGUGCGUGAAGCCUGACCGCUGCCUCUGUCCGCCGGACUUCGCUGGCAAGUUCUGCCAGUUGCAUUCCACGGGUGCCCGGCCACCGGCCCCGGCCAUGCCAGGCCUCACCCGCUCCGUGUACACCAUGCCGCUGGCCAAUCACCGCGACGACGAGCAUGGAGUGGCAUCUAUGGUGAGCGUGCACGUGGAGCACCCUCAGGAGGCGUCUGUGGUGGUGCACCAGGUGGAGCGUGUGUCCGGUCCUUGGGAAGAGGCGGAUGCCGAGGCAGUGGCACGAGCAGAGGCAGCGGCGCGGGCAGAGGCGGCGGCGCCCUACACGGUGCUGGCACAGAGCGCGCCGCGGGAGGACGGCUACUCGGACGCCUCGGGCUUCGGUUACUGCUUUCGGGAGCUGCGCAGAGGCGAAUGUGCGUCCCCGCUUCCCGGGCUCCGGACGCAGGAGGUCUGCUGCAGAGGGGCCGGCUUGGCCUGGGGCGUUCACGACUGUCAGCCGUGCUCCGAGCACCUGGGGAACUCGGACCGCCUGGGCGCCCCAGAUGGACCCUGUCCAACCGGCUUUGAAAGGGUUAAUGGGUCCUGCGAAGAUGUGGAUGAAUGCGCGACGAUUGGGCGCUGCCAGCACGGGGAGUGUGCGAACACGCACGGCGGGUACACAUGCGUGUGCCCCGAUGGCUUCCUGCUCGACUCGUCCCGCAGCAGCUGCAUCUCCCAACACGUGAUCUCAGAGGCCAAGGGGCCCUGCUUCCGCGUGCUGCGCGACGGCGGCUGCUCGCUGCCCAUUCUGCGCAACAUCACCAAACAGAUCUGCUGCUGUAGCCGCGUGGGCAAAGCCUGGGGCCGGGGCUGCCAGCUCUGCCCACCCUUCGGCUCAGAGGGUUUUCGGGAGAUCUGCCCUGCUGGCCCUGGCUACCACUACUCGGCCUCCGACCUCCGCUACAACACCAGACCCCUGGGCCAGGAGCCACCCCGCGUGUCCCUCAGCCAGCCCCGAGCCCCCCCCUCCACCUCUCGACCACCCUCAGGCUUUCUGCCCACCCGUCGCCCAGAACCCCGCCUGGAGCCCCGGCCUGAACCCCGGCCAGGCCCUGAGCUUCCCCUGCCCAGCAUCCCCGCCCGGACUGGUCCUGAGAUCCCUGAAUCAGGUCCCUCCGCGGGCGUGUGUCAGCGCAAUCCCCAGGUCUGCGGCCCGGGACGCUGCAUCCCCCGGCCCAGUGGCUACACCUGCGCCUGCGACUCCGGUUUCCGGCUCACCCCACAGGGCACACACUGCAUCGACGUGGACGAAUGUCGCCGCGUGCCCCCGCCCUGUGCUCCCGGGCGCUGCGAGAACACGCCAGGCAGCUUCCGUUGCGUGUGUGGCCCCGGCUUCCGAGCCGGCCCGCGGGCUGGGGAGUGCCUGGACGUGGACGAGUGCCACCGCGUGCCGCCGCCGUGUGACCGCGGGCGCUGCGAGAACACACCAGGCAGCUUCCUCUGCGUGUGCCCCGCUGGGUACCAGGCUGCGCCCCACGGAGCUGGCUGCCAGGAUGUGGACGAGUGCAUCCAGAGCCCGGGCCUCUGUGGCCGAGGAGCCUGUGAGAACCUGCCCGGCUCUUUCCACUGUGUUUGCCCGGCUGGCUUCCGGGGCUCGGCGUGUGAAGAGGAUGUGGAUGAGUGUGCGCAGGAGCCACCACCCUGCGGGCCAGGCCGCUGUGACAACACGGCAGGCUCCUUCCACUGUGCCUGCCCUGCUGGCUUCCGCUCCCAAGGGCCGGGGGCCCCCUGCCAAGAUGUGGACGAGUGUGCCCGCAGCCCCCCGCCCUGUGCCUACGGCCGGUGUGAGAACACGGAAGGCAGCUUCCAGUGCGUCUGCCCCACGGGCUUCCAACCCAACGCCGCUGGCUCCCAGUGCGAGGAUGUGGAUGAGUGUGAGAACCACCUGGCGUGUCCUGGGCAGGAGUGCGUGAACUCACCAGGCUCCUUCCAGUGCAGGGCCUGUCCUGCUGGCUACCACCUGCACCGUGGCCGAUGUACUGAUGUGGACGAGUGCAGUUCGGGUGCCUCCUGCGGCCCCCACGGGCACUGCACUAACACCGAAGGCUCCUUCCGCUGCAGCUGCGCGGCGGGUUACCGGGCGCCGGCUGGUCGGCCUGGGCCCUGCGCAGACGUGAACGAGUGUCUAGAGGGCGACUUCUGCUUCCCGCAUGGCGAGUGCCUCAACACCGACGGCUCCUUUGCCUGUACUUGUGCCCCCGGCUACCGGCCCGGACCCCGCGGAGCCUCUUGCCUCGACGUGGACGAGUGCAGCGAGGAGGACCUUUGCCAGAGCGGCAUCUGUACCAACACUGACGGCUCCUUCGAGUGCGUCUGUCCUCCGGGACACCGCGCCGGCCCGGACCUGGCCUCCUGCCUAGACGUGGACGAAUGUCGCGAGCGGGGCCCGGCCCUGUGCGGGUCCCAGCGCUGCGAGAAUUCCCCUGGGUCCUACCGCUGUGUCCGCGACUGCGACCCUGGCUACCACGCGGGCCCGGGGGGCACCUGUGACGAUGUGGAUGAAUGCCAAGAAUAUGGCCCAGCGAUUUGUGGGGCCCAGCGCUGUGAGAACACCCCUGGCUCGUACCGCUGCACACCAGCCUGUGACCCUGGCUAUCAGCCCACGCCAGGGGGUGGAUGCCAGGACGUGGACGAAUGCCGGAACCGGUCAUUCUGCGGGGCCCACGCCGUGUGCCAGAACCUGCCCGGCUCCUUCCAGUGCCUCUGUGACCAGGGAUACGAGGGGGCGAGGGACGGGCGUCACUGCGUGGAUGUGAAUGAGUGUGAAACGCUACAGGGUGUGUGUGGAGCUGCCCUGUGUGAGAAUGUCGAAGGCUCCUUCCUCUGUGUCUGUCCCACCAGCCCUGAGGAGUUUGACCCCAUGACCGGACGCUGUGUUCCCCCGCGGACUUCUGCUGGCACAUUUCCGGGCUCACAGCCCCAGGCACCUGCCAGCCCCAGUCUGCCGGCCAGGCCACCCCAGCCACCCCCGCCCCGCCGGCCCAGCACGCCCAGGCAGGGCCCCUUGAGCAGCGGGCGCCGGGAGUGCUACUUUGACACAGCAGCUCCGGAUGCAUGUGACAACAUCCUGGCGCGAAACGUGACGUGGCAGGAGUGCUGCUGCACUGUGGGCGAGGGCUGGGGCAGCGGCUGCCGCAUCCAGCAGUGCCCGAGCACCGAGACAGCCGAGUACCAGUCAUUGUGCCCUCACGGCCGCGGCUACCUGGUACCCAGCGGAGACCCCAGCCUCCGGAGAGACGUGGACGAGUGCCAGCUCUUCCGAGACCAGGUGUGCAAGAGCGGCGUGUGCGUGAACACUGCCCCAGGCUACUCAUGCUAUUGCAGCAACGGCUACUACUAUCAUGCCCAGCGACUGGAGUGCAUCGAUAACGACGAGUGCGCGGACGAGGAGCCGGCCUGUGAGGGCGGCCGCUGCGUCAACACCAUCGGCUCCUAUCACUGCACGUGCGAGCCUCCGCUGGUGCUGGACGGCUCGCGGCGCCGCUGCGUCUCCAACGAGAGCCAGAGCCUCGACGACAAUCUGGGGGUGUGCUGGCAGGAGGUGGGGGCUGACCUCGUGUGCAGUCGCCCUCGGCUGGACCGCCAGGCCACCUACACGGAGUGCUGCUGCCUCUACGGCGAGGCCUGGGGCAUGGACUGCGCCCUCUGCCCCGCCCAGGACUCAGAUGACUUUGAGGCCCUGUGCAAUGUGCUGCGCCCCCCUGCGUACGGUCCCGUGCGGCCAGGUGGCUUUGGACUCCCCUACGAGUAUGGCCCAGACCUAGGUCCACCUUACCAGGGCUUUCCGUAUGGGCCCGAGUUGUACCCGCCCCCCGUGCUACCCUACGACCCCUACCCACCACCACCUGGGCCCUUCGCGCGCCGAGAGGCCCCCUACGGGGCGCCACCCUUCGACAUGCCCGACUUUGAGGACGACGGUGGCCCCUACGGUGACUCUGAGGCUCCUGCUCCACCCGGCCCGGGCCCCCGCUGGCGCUAUCGGCCCCGCGACACCCGCGGCUCCUUCCCCGAGCCUGAGGAGUCGCCUGAAGGUGGAGGCUAUGCUGGCACCCUGGCCGGGCCCUACGAGGGGCUGGAGGCGGAAGAAUGCGGGAUCCUGGACGGCUGCGCGCACGGCCGCUGCGUGCGUGUCCCCGAGGGCUUCACCUGCGACUGCUUCGACGGCUACCGCCUGGACAUGACCCGCAUGGCCUGCGUCGACAUCAACGAGUGUGACGAGGCCGAGGCGGCCUCCCCGCUGUGCGUCAACGCGCGCUGCGUCAACACCGACGGCUCCUUCCGCUGUGUCUGCCGCCCGGGAUUCGCACCCUCGCACCAGCCACACCACUGCACGCCCGCCCGGCCCCGAGCCUGAGCCCAGGCCUGCCCACCCGGCGCCUGCGCACUCGGGGCCCUGCCCCGCGGUCCCGCCCGCCCACCUACGCGCAUGCGCAGAGGGACGCCUGCCUGGUUGGAGAGUACAGACAGACCGAUGGGAGGAAGGACGCCCUUCACUGUUCCCGCCACCCCCAGCCCCGUCUACCCCCGCCACGGGGCCCGGGACUAGCCCACGGUCCCCUUCACAUUCCCUCUCCUUUUUAUAAAACUUUUCAAUUAAAAAACACCUAUUUUGUACCUUC